AUAUAGGGAUAAACUCUAGUUACUUUUACAAUCCUUCUUCCUUGGCCUUUCGAACAAAGAGCGAGAGCAGCUGCAACGGGAGAAUUGGAGUUUGAGUAGCGAUAAGCAAUCGAGAAUGUCGAAAGCUCCUCCAUCUCUCGCGUUUCUCUGCAUCCAAUCCCUCAAGCUUCAGCUUCUACAAGGCGACAAUCCAAUUCCUGAUGUAUACGAGCUUCCGUCUGAGUUGCUUGAUGGUGUUAUCGCUCACUUGCCUGCACUAGCGCUGCAUAAUUUCCAGACCCACAUGCCGUUCAAGUGCUGGGAUAAUUAUGAAGCUGGUGAUGAUUGCUUGACUAGUGGGAGAAAACGCCCAAGAAAUGAUAUACUCGGUAGCUCAUGGAAGCUGCUGUUUAAGGUGCGGUGGCCUGAGCUCGUUAACAGUGUGGAACCAUCAGCUGACUGGCAACAGCUUUACUGGGAGAAGCAUCUUCAAAAUUGUGUUGAUGAAGCAGCUGAGGUAGCUAUGCGUCCCACAUUCAGUGGUCGGAUAAGUUCCAUUCAUGUAUCAGAUAAGAUAUUGAGAUACAUUUGUCAUGAAGAGCACACCAAUUGUCAAAAAUGUGUCUGUACGGAGCUAUCUUUUCAUUUCCAGACAUUUGGACCGUAUCUUAGGUGCCUGAGGCUUCUGAAUGUGCUCUGCGUUACGGAAACUUGUGAGCUACUGAGGACAAGUAAAUUAAAAACUUUGGUUCUGGGUUGGAUCAGAUCCGAGAAACAUGUUGAGCCCUCGUGCAAACUCUUGAGCCAGAACCGAGAAACAUUAACUUCGCUUGAAUUUAUUCACUGUAAACUUUCUUCGAGUUUCAUCAGUGCAAUCUGCGCUUCUCUGCAUGAAAAAGACAUUCACACAAGUGGGAUUCAGCGUUUUUAUAUAAAGGCAUCUAGCUUUGACAUAGAUUCACUUGCUGCGCCUCCCGCUUUCAUUUCAUUCCUGAAUUCGGUGAGGUCCUUACAGUCCGUACAUUUUUGCGAUAGCCACCUCGAUAGGCAUAUCGCAAGGAUGAUUUUCUCUACGCUACUUGAUUCUUCCUCAGGUCUUUCGACUCUUGACAUCUCUGAAAACAACAUUUCAGGAUGGCUUUCUACUUUCACCUGGAGAUCUGUCACUGGUUCUCUGUCAUCUGGAAAGUCUUUACGUUCGCUGUGCAAGCUCAACUUAAGCGGGAAUGAACUCAACAAAUACGAUGCAGAGAAUCUUUCGCAUGCUCUUCGUCAUAUGCCUGGCUUGGAAUCUCUUGACCUGAGCGGGAACCCCAUUGAAGACAGUGGGAUCAGAAGCUUGAUAUCUUACUUCAAAAAGAAUCCGGAUUCUCCUUUAGCUGAUUUGAACUUGGAGAACUGUGAGCUAUCAUGUUGUGGAGUUAUCGAGUUUCUUGAUACCCUGUCAACGGUGGAGAAACCUUUAAAGUUCCUGUCUGUUGCAGAUAAUGCCCUCGGGAGCGAGGUUGCGGAGGCUAUAAUGAACUCAUUGAUUCUCUCCAUCGAGUCUCUCGACAUUUCGAGUAUAGGACUAGGUCCUGUUGGGUUUCUUGAGCUAGGCAAAAGACUUGUAAAAGGGGUGAAGAAGCUGAUGAGUAUCAAUAUAAGCAAAAACCGUGGAGGACUAGAGACCGCUAGAUUUCUGUCAAAGCUCAUACCCUUGGCACCAAAACUCGUCUCAGUCGACGCAUCCUACAAUCUUAUGCCACCCGAAUCUUUGCUCAUGCUAUGCGAUUCCCUGAGAAGUGCAAAAGGUGAUCUCAAACGUCUUGACAUGACGGGGAAUAUCUGCAUCAGCAGCGAAACUGACCAUUCUUCUCUACUUGGUGAAUUUCAACACAAUGGGGAGCCCAUCUUCGUUUUACCAUCAUCCUCGACUUCACACGUCCCUUACGAUGAUGAGCCGUAGAUAGUUCUUUCUAUACCGAUUAGUUUUGCUGUUUGGCCUUUGGUCGGGUUCUCUGGUGAAUUCAUUGGUUUGGUAGGGAUGGUAAUAUGGCUGUGUUUGGCUCCAUUUUUCUUCUUCUAAAUCUAUCAAAGUGGAUCAUCAAGUUUAUGGAAGAGUAUAUGAAGAUAUAAACAUUUCACUGUGGUUAUAUUCAUUAAGGAGGGUCAUUGUAAUCUUUUGACGUGGCAAAAAAAUCAUUCUUUUCACA